UACAAGGAUCAUAUCUGAUUCAGUUCUCCGGUUGUACCAUCAGGUUAAACAACGAAGAAUACGCCAACAGUAACGCCGACGUACCAGCGAGACUGUAUUUACCAACUACAGGACUUAUGGUAACACCCUCAAAAAUCAUAAACAAAAUGCCUCUGGAGUACUUACAGGAAUUCAACCUAGAACAGCGGAGUCAUAUAGAGCAUCUAAACCUGACUACCAACAACAUACAUUGGAAAUUGCAUCUAGUUGGAUGGCUUUCAUUUGGAGCCCUAUCAACCGUGGUACUGGUACUUUCAGCAGCCGUAAUUAUAUGGACCGUUCUUUCAUUCUUACCGUGCCAAUCUAAGUCGACUUGGAAACCAGGACGAACCAACAGUGGAACAGUCAACACGGACAGACAUACAGAUCCAGGACCAACACAACGAAACGAUGGGCAUCAUCUUUUCAGGCAGCCACGAUUCAUUCCCCAGGAGCCGAGGACGUCUUCCGACUAGAGGGGGAAUCGUUAGGAAAACACUGAUAGGUGAGUUGGCCAAUCAGCGAAGGACGCGUAGCUUGGCGCGAAAACGCGGCGCAUCACGCCACGUUAUGCACCAAUAGGAGCUAGGGAACAACUUUUUGAUAUGUAAGCAAUAAAAUCCUAUAAAACGGUAGAGCACGUUGAGCUCUACCUCUUUCUCUGUAAUACUGUGUAGUGGAAUAAACUGUGUUAGUUUUAAA